CACCUGAGGGAAGGGCGGCCACCGGCCGGGCCGGCGCGUGUCCCGCUCUCGGGGGGAACGAACGGCACGGGCGAGACGCUGCCGCCAUCCCUUGGCAGGCUUUCGCCGCCGUUUCCUUCUUCCGCCGGGGAGGCUGUGGGGCCGGUUCCCGCCCGGCGCUGCGCGGCCUCCGGGCGGUGCCGAGGCCCGGUUCGGCGCCGCUGUCACACGCAGAUUUGCGGCCCCGCGGCGGCGGCUGCUGCCGGGGCGGGCCGGUGUCUGCAGCGCGCAGCUGCUCCUCCGGGUGCGCUGCCCAAAGGGCGAGAUUUGCGGCGUGAGUACGCUGUGCUAGCAUGGCGGAGGAGCGGGGGAGAGAGGUGCCGUCCGACCAAGUAAGCAGGAAAGGUGUUAGUGCUGUAGCUUCUGCCACCGAAAUCUCAGGCCCUUUCUUAGAGCUGUUGAGGCACUAAUGAGAAAAAAGCUGUAUCUUCACGGAAAUGGGGCUAUCUGGAAAAAUCUUGUGGGCCGCCUGAAAUCUAAGCUAAGAACUGCCUGUGACCUCAAGCAGCCAUCCUCAGUCAGACUGUCAGGCUAAAACUCAACUCAAGAGGCUUUUAGGAUAGAAUAUGAUACCUUUGGUGAACUGAAGGUCCCAAGUGACAAAUACUAUGGUGCCCAAACUGUAAGAUCUACAAUGAACUUCAAGAUUGGAGGUGCUUCAGAAAGGAUGCCAGUUCAAGUUAUACGGGCUUUUGGCAUCUUGAAGAGGGCAGCUGCUGAAGUAAAUCAAGAUUACGGUCUUGACCCAAAGAUUGCUAAUGCUAUUGUGAAGGCAGCAAAUGAGGUAGCUGAAGGAAAAUUAAAUGAUCACUUUCCACUGGUGGUGUGGCAGACUGGCUCUGGAACUCAAACCAACAUGAAUGUCAAUGAAGUCAUCAGCAAUAGAGCCAUUGAGAUAAUGGGGGGCACACUGGGGAGCAAAAAACCAGUGCAUCCGAAUGAUCACGUUAACAAAAGCCAGAGUUCAAAUGACACUUUCCCAACAGCAAUGCAUAUUGCUGCUGCCCAGGAGGUUAAUGAGGUGUUAUUACCUGGACUAAAGAAGCUACAGAAUGCACUCGAAGCGAAAUCCAAAGAGUUUUCCCAGAUCAUAAAAAUAGGGCGCACUCACACACAAGAUGCUGUUCCACUUACACUUGGACAGGAGUUUAGUGGCUAUGUGCAACAAAUCAAAUACGGUGUGGCUAGGAUUGAGUCAACCAUGCCAAGAGUGUAUCAGCUGGCAGCUGGUGGGACUGCAGUUGGUACAGGACUAAACACAAGGAUUGGUUUUGCUGAGAAAGUUGCUGCUAAAGUGGCUGAACUGACAGGUUUGCCUUUUGUCACUGCUCCAAAUAAGUUUGAGGCUCUUGCAGCUCAUGAUGCUCUAGUUGAACUCAGUGGAGCUAUGAACACGGUGGCGUGUAGUCUGAUGAAAAUAGCUAAUGAUAUUCGUUUCCUGGGUUCUGGACCACGCUCUGGACUAGGAGAACUCAUCCUGCCUGAAAAUGAACCAGGAAGCAGCAUCAUGCCAGGAAAAGUGAACCCUACACAGUGUGAAGCUGUAACCAUGGUGGCAGCCCAAGUUAUGGGAAACCAUGUUGCUGUUACUGUAGGAGGUAGCAAUGGACACUUUGAACUGAAUGUUUUUAAGCCCAUGAUGAUUAAAAAUGUUUUAAACUCUGCAAGACUUCUCGGAGAUGUUUGUGUUUCUUUCACGGACAACUGUGUAGUUGGAAUCCAAGCCAAUACGGACAGGAUCAACAAACUCAUGAAUGAAUCUCUGAUGUUGGUAACUGCACUGAACCCGCAUAUAGGAUAUGACAAAGCAGCCAAGAUCGCCAAAACUGCGCACAAAGAAGGGACAACGUUAAAAGAAGCUGCUAUAAAGCUGGGAUUCCUCACGUCAGACCAGUUCGAUCAGUGGGUGAAGCCUAAAGAUAUGUUAGGUCCGCAGUAACGUCUGUACAAACAAACUCCCAAACCCCACGUGUUCUUAACACAAAAACAAAUAAAAUAAACCAAAUACGACA